AUGUCUUUGAAGAUCUACUGCCUCCACUACGCGGCGUCCGACCGCGUAGUCUGGCUGUGCGAAGAGCUCAGCGAGCUCGUCCCUUCAUUCAAGUACGAGCUCUUUGUCUACGAGCGCGGCAUGGAAGCCAGCGAGGGCAAGAAGAUGCUCGUGAGUCUGCACGCGGCGGGGACGGCGCCCACCAUGGUCGACAGCACCGUCUCACCGACCAUCACGCUGGCCGAGUCCGGCGCCAUCAUCGAAUACCUGAUCCACGUGCACGGACAGGGCCACUUCAGCGUCUCUCUGUCGGCCGGCCCACACGCCUACGCCGAAUAUUCACACUGGUAUAACUGGGCGGGCGCCAGUUUCCAGGCCUUCCUCGACGCGAACCUGCUCGGCCAGGCACUGACGGCGCUCAAAGGCGCACCGAUCCCCGAAGACGGCAUGGCGUACCUCGUGCACCAGGCGUUUAAGAACCGGACACUCAACCACCUCAAGCAGCUCGACGACAGGCUCGCGCGCUCGAAGUACCUGGCCGGGAAUGAGAUCACGGCGGUGGAGUUCUACAUGAUCUUCUCGCUGACGACGUUCCGUGUCUUCCUGCCCGUCGAUUUGGCCGGCCAUGCAAAUGUACUGAGAUAUCUGGCUGAUAUCACCGCGCGCCCGGCGUACAGGCGUACCAUGGAGAAGGCGGAGAAGGGUCUACAACCACUGAUACAGCCGCUCGUUCCCCUGUUCCCGUUCGAUGUCCUGCUGGGCGCGGCGAGCUGGGACACGGUGCCUGGGCUUGUGAAGGAUGGUCAGUGA